CAACAAAAAAAACGUUUUUUUUUUUUUUUUUUUCUUUCAGAAAAUGCGGGUUUACAUGGCCACCACGUGUGUAUCAGAUGUUAGCUGCUGAUCAGGUGAGCGCCGUUAGAGGGCGUGAAUUGCGUCUAAUAGAGGCGUCAAUGCGACUAAAAUUUCACUUUGGCAACCAAUUCUUGGCAUUCUAGUCACCAAAUUGGCGACUAGAAUGCUUCAUCAUACCUUAUCUAGAGAUAACGUGAAUAAGAAGUUUUGCGAAGAAAAAUCUGCAGAAAACUUCCUCGUUAAGUUUGUUUCCAAAACGCACCACAUGCAUUUCGAUCGACAACUAGACGCCAUUUUGGAUUUAGAUGAGCUUGAACGUUGUAUAUCACCCAUCCCAGAGUCCACUUUGUAGCACGUGCAAAUUUUACUCGAUGUUUUUUCCCGCCUAUAAAAUUUAUCUAGUUAGUCUUCGUACAGGUUUAAUUUUUGAAUUUUUAGCAUUUUUGGCGAUAUCACCGAAUGAUAAUGCAACAGUGAUGGUUGUGCAAACUUUAAAUAAACAUUAUAGACCACGCAGGCCGCCAAGUUCAUGUUGUAAACCUUCAUUUGUUCCGUUCCGUUCAACGUAUAAGGGUUUUUCUUCAUACUGUAUUAGUAGUAUUAGUAUGUAUUAAUAGCGAAAUGAAGUAUGAAAGCACAACUUUUAUCUUAAGAAUUUUCCCUCCAUUUGUUGGAGAAAUGAUCAUCGACUUAUUAGUUAUUACUUAACUCCUGAUGUCAACCAUGUAAUUGCAAGGUAUUGAAUAUAGACGAAUAUGUUUAAGUCAGUGGGUUCGUUCCCUGAGCAGGGGCCUGGGCAAUUUUAGAUGACUGAGUGAUUCAGGAGCAAUUUAUCCUCCACUCUAAAGAAAAGGACGUCACGAUUCUUUGAUUCGAAUUGCUGAAGUUAAAGAUCUUUCUUUUAAACUUCAUUUUGGGGGGUCUGUCUAGAACGCUGACACCGUAAAAAAAAAGUUUUCUUUGUCUUAAAAAAAUGGCGACCAACAGUUUGGAAUGGGCUACCACUUUAAAAACUUAGGGGCCAAGUGGCUACCAGAAAAAAAGGAAGAGUAAAUAUGGAUCUCCAAACAUCAAGGGACACCCCAUUCGAAGAAAAAUGAUUAUCGCCUAGAUUACUAACUGUUCUCAACGCAUUUACUUCCAGUGCGAGAGAGUCGGAUCCAUCGAUUCGUGAGUUUUCAAGCCUAGGCGCUGAGAAAGAUUAAAAAAAUACAUUGCAAUCAUUGACUGCUUCUAGCGCUGCCUAAUGCUCAUUAGUAACAUAUUAAUAGAAAAGUAACCAAUGGACCUCAUUAGGCUAUUAAAGCGGUAUUCGACUGAGUGUUUGAAGUAAUCCGGAUAUGCUUCAGAAAGCUAGCACCCCAGUUCAAGAGAAACUCGUACUACUCACUCUAAACCAAUCAGAAGCCAAACGUAAGCCAAUCCUGACACAGCAACCUCUUUUUCCCGCCCCAGAUAGCCAUGGGUUGUUUACAUGGUGUACUGACUCUUAAUACUUUUAUUACGUUAUUAUUCCUCUUAUGCAUGUUUAUUGUAUAUGUUUAUUGUAUAACACUUGAGAAUAUAGCCAAGAGCCUCAAAAAAAUACCUCAAGAUUCAGUCACCAACAAAACCAAAGAGGGUCUUGUAUUUGCGCGAGAAUGAUUAAGCAAAUGAAAAAAAAUUGAUAGACAGCCCAUUCCCUUUCGUAGCAUGUAGUGAUAAGCGCCCUUAAAGUAUUCAAUACUUCCAUUGCAUUGUUUCAGCACCAAAUGAUUUCAUCACAUUCAUGGGUUUCUUUCAUUAAACGUGCUUCUUUCAUCCGCGAAUUAAGGGAGCAAAGCCCACGUCAAAUAAACAGUAUCAUAUUUGCAUUUGAACGCGAUGAUCCGCAUCAAUAUACAUGCGUUAUUGACCAAGCGUAAGGUUAAGAUGGCUGGAUAUUGGCCGAGCUUUUUUUGCGUUUUUACGGACCGAGACGAAGUCGAAGAUGGUCAAAACUCUUAUACUGCUCAACUUGUUCAGUUCUUCGUUCCUUGAUAUCUACAUUGUCAGUUUAGCCAUGACAGAUGACUUCACACAGUUAAGGAGCGAUUUACAAUGAAGGCAGAAUUGAGAGAGAAUCAUCUCAGGAAGAUGAAGCCUUUGCACACUAGUGAACAUAGCAAGGCAAAGAUUUCCUUCUUCCUUACAUGAGGAAUGCAAUGCAAUGUCAAAAAAUACUUUCUGCAUUUCGAUGAUAGGUGUCUAGAAGAUCACAGAUCACUGCGCAUUAAACCAUUGAAAGGCGAUUAUUAAUUGGAUUAAACAUUGAUGGGAGUGAUUCCUUAAUGGCUUCAUGGCUGGAUACACUCGAAUAUAAACAAAUCUCAUAGGUGAUGCAUCCACGCUUUCCUUUGCAAGAGGAAUAAACUUCGCAUUUAUCACAAGUAAGAAGAACGCCUGGAGUACCGAAAUGUUCUGAUAAGACAAACCAAAGAGCGAUCGAAAUAUGAAUGAGAUUUCGAGGAUUACUGAACACCUUAAAAUUACGGCACAUUGGCGUCAAAACAUUCUCUGGUUUUCCUGAGGUGAGAAAUUCAUUUCGAUAACUGACAAUAUUCCUUCAUAUCAAACCAGCACAAGUUUUCCUAAUAUGAGAAAGGUCUGCAACCCGGGACACUUCAUAUCUGCGUGCUCGAAGUAUGUAUAAUUUUAACGCGGAUCAACCUUGUGGGAAGCAUCGUCUUUCAAACUCAGGUAGGCUAUAAUUCAUCUCCAAAACAACCUCCUUACCGAUCAAAAUGCAGCAUUUCUUAAUUCUGAUUUUCAAAGACCUUAUAAACAGCCUAAAGGAGACAAGAUUGCUGAAGGAUGACAAAGAUUAGCCUAGACACAGUCACUUGUUUUCCAAGUAACUUUAGGCUUCGAGCGAAGGACUACGUCGAUCUUGAUUACAUCAGUCAUCACUCUGACAACAUGAAAACUCCAAACGAGAAAAUACCGAAUAAUCUUAGAAAAGCCACACCCUGACAUUCGGAAAAUACAAUCAGAACGAUUAACCUGCGAGUGGAAUUGUCUAUACAAGGAAUGGAUAGGAUAUCAUGCAGUUAUAUAGAGUGUAUAUAAAUUACAUUUUUUCCUGAUUGACUCACAGAGGCAACAACAGCACUGAUACUUCCAAAGAAGCGGUUACGUUGGCUCGCACCUACAAAAGCAUGCUCUAAAAUAUAAAUUAACAAAAAUGUUGAAAAAUAUUUUAACCCAAACAUUGAAAGAAAACUUAAAAAGGAAUGCAUAUCCUCUCGGCUUACACCUUCAAACUUACAAUUUUUUUCCCUAAUACCAGACAGCAACCAAUGAAAUGGAAAUAACGCAGGAAAUUACUCAUGGUGUACAGUCCCUCAAAUUGGAAGAUAUCUCUACGGGCGCAAUGGCGUACCGCGAUUCAAAAGAGGUAGAUUUCAAUACAAGCAGCAGUGAGAGUGAAGAGGAAUCCCCCCAUGCUGGCAGAAGUAAUCAAGGGUCCAACGUCAUCCAGCCGGCAAAACACCACACACUAACCAAUGAAAGGGAGAUUACACAGAGAUUUAAGUCCCAAGAAUUGACAAAUAGCUCUACAAGCGCAAAGAUAACAAGUGGCCAGAGAGAAAGUGUAGCCUGUUAUGGCAUGUGGCUUAUAAUCUAUAUAUUGUUUUUCCUGGCGGGCUUAAUCGUGAACAUGUGGCAUAUGCACAUACAACACCUACAAAUGUAA